UGUAUUUAGCAGUAACCUUAUUUUCUGCAUGUUUAUGUAAAAACUGAUCUUGAACCAAAUUGAAGAAGAAAUGAUGUGAAAAAGCAGCUAGUUUCACUAGUUAGGAGUCAAAUAAUUGGCAGUCCUUCAUGAGAUAGCAACGAUUUAAUCAAACAAGGACAGUACAAUGGAAAAAUAUGGGCAGCGGCAGAAUGUGCGAAUAUUGUUGUUAGGCGACCGUGGUGUUGGGAAAACCUCGCUAAUUUUGUCGCUGGUCAGCGAAGAAUUUGCUGAAGAUGUGCCAUACAAGGCGGAGGAGAUCACCAUUCCGCCUGACGUCACUCCAGAGCAUAUUCCCACAAACAUUGUUGAUUACUCAGCGGCCGAGCAGUCUGAGGAGCAACUGAUCGAGGAGGUCAACAAGGCUGAUGUGAUUUGCGUCGUCUACUCGGUUGAAGAUGACGAAUCUCUGGAGCAGGUCAGGGUGCACUGGCUGCCGCUGCUUCGUCACUGCCAACCUAGAACAACCAGACCUGUCAUCCUUGUUGGGAACAAAGCGGACCUGAUUGAAUACUCAACUCUGCAGACCUCCAGCCCGUUCAUGGAGGAUUUCCCUGAAAUUGAGGCUUGGCUAGAGUGUUCCGCAAGGAGUUUAUUCAACAUUUCCGAAAUGUUCUAUCAUGCUCAGAAAGCCGUACUUCAUCCCGUAGGGCCCCUGUACUCGUUAGAGGACCAAGAGUUGACGUUUGCGUGUGAGGAGGCACUCAUCAGAAUAUUCAAAAUCUGUGACUUGGAUAAUGAUGACCUUCUGAGUGAUCGAGAGUUUAAUGCAUUCCAAAUGCAUUGCUUUAAUGAACCCUUAGAUCCCAACACCAUAAAUGGUCUGAAGUCUAUUAUUGACAGCUCCAUUUCCAAUGGACUGAAAUAUAAUAGCAUUACAAAAUCAGGAUUUCUUUUUUUGCACUGCACAUUCAUCAGACGAGGUCGUAGUGAAACGACAUGGACAGUUUUGAGGAAAUUUGGCUACGAUGACUCGCUGGAGCUCAGUGACAACUAUUUAUUUCCAAAGAUACGGAUUUCAACAGGAGCAUCAACAGAGCUCUCAUUGAGAGGCCAGCAUUUCCUUAGCACACUUUUCGUCAAGCACGACAAAGACCACGAUGGUGCACUGAAUCCUGAUGAGCUACAAGAUUUGUUUAGCACCUGCCCGCGGCAAGCAUGGGAUGGACUAGCUCAGCAGGGGGUCAAAAAUACUCCUCAAGGGUGGAUAACAAUGCAAGGGUUUAUGAGUCAGUGGGCACUAAUCACCCUCCUCUCUGUGAACACCACCCUGGAAUAUUUGGCCUACUUUGGGUAUCCUUACUUGGAGCAGGAGAGCCAGUCAAAUGCAAUUUCAGUCACAAGGGAGCGGCAGUUGGAUUGGUUGAAAAAACAGUCUAGCAGAACGGUGUACGAGUGUGCAGUGAUUGGACCCAAAGGCUGUGGAAAAACCGCGUUUUGUCGUUCAAUGCUUGGUCAUUCACUCUCGGACACGAACCACCCGCCUUGUCUCUCAACUCCAAGUUGGUAUGCAUGCACACUUCAAGUGUACGGCCAAGACAAAGUGUUGGUGUUGAGAGACGUUGACCUCGAGAGCACUUCAACUCCUUUGACUGCCACAGAUUUAAGAGGGGACGUUACUUGCUUAACGUACAACCACUCAGAUCCAUCCUCGUUUGAAUAUGUCGCUCGCAUUUUCCUGAAAUAUUUUGUUGACUGCAAGGAGCCAGUAUUGAUCGUGGCUUGUAAAAGCGACCUACCGAGGGCCAAACAGGACUACCUGCUGCAACCAGCUGCUUUCUGCCAAAAACACCGUCUCCCACCUCCACACCUCUUCACUGCCAUGGACCACGAUGUGGAAAAGGAGAUCUACCUCAAGCUCGCAACGAUGGCCGCUUUCCCCCGGUUUCAAGCAGCUUGGGUACUUUUCUACAAAACCAGGCAUUUACGAGAUCUGAAGUUACUUCGAGAAAUUACAGCUUCGUGGUGGAAAACGAGCAUCACACUCGCAAUAGCUGCAGCUCUGGGUCUGUUUCUGAUGCGAUGUUUAAAACCUCACAACGGAUAAUGAUGUCAUUAUUUGCCGGUUGGCAUGAAAAUGUUCUAUUUUUUAAUACCAUUCUUUAGUCGUCAAGCAUUUUGAAUUCCAGAUUGUGAAAUUUUCCUUUUUUAACGUGGAUCAUAAAUGAUCUGCUUAAUUUUGUUGUACACUGGACUACCAAUUUCAAAUGUUAUUAAGCAAUCGUCACUAGCAUGUUUCCUUUUCAGUCCUAGUCAACUAAACUCCUAAUUAGCUGGAUUUGAAUAUGUAUAUUUUUGGCCCUCGACUCCAUACAUACAAAAAAGUUUUAAAUGAAAAGUUUUUCCCAUAACUGGGAACUUCAAAAAAUUAUUGAAAGGAGCGUAUUUAAUCAAUUGUAACUCAGAAUGAAAAUAUAAAUGAACAUAUAAAUAUGA